UGGGGUGGGACGACGGUAGCAGCAACAGGCCGGGCCAGCUAGCUAAACAGCCAUCAUCAUGGCUCGGGAAGCGCAAAAGAUUAUCUCCCUCGAGGACGGGUGGUGCAACAACAUUAAGCCCAAUGCCAUCAACGUGCUGGAGGACCACCUAAACAGGGGUUUCGACAAGAGGACCUCGCAGCUGUUCACGCCGAAGGACUUCAUGAGCACCUACACCACGUGCUACGACAUGUGCACCCAGCGAUCUCCCUACAACUGGUCGGAGCAGCUCUACGACAGACACGGGGAGACCAUCUCGCAGUACCUGUCGGGGACGGUGGUGAACGCGCUGAGGGAGCAGCACGGGGAGUUCCUUCUCAAGGAGCUCGUCCGAAGGUGGUCCAACCACAAGAUCAUGAACCAGUGGAUGCAGAAGUUCUUUCAGUACCUGGACAGGUACUACGUGAAGCAUCACUCGUUACCAUCGUUGAAGGAGGCGGGACUGAAGCACUUCAAGACGCUAGUCUACGAUGUCGUCAAGUCGACGGUGGUGAACGCGAUGCUGGACGUCAUCAACAAGGAGAGGGAAGGGACGAUCAUCGACCGACCGCUGAUUGGAUCGUGCGUGGAGCUGUUUGAGUCGAUGGGGAUGGGUACGCUGGACUCGUACGUGGCGGACCUCGAGGAGGCUCUCCUGGCCAACACCAAGGACCACUACGCCAGGAAGAGCCAGGAGUGGAUAGAGACAGAUUCCACGCCGGACUACAUGAUCAAGGCGGAAAACGCCCUGGAGGCUGAGAAGCUACGAGUGGCCAACUACCUCAACCCGUCAACGGAGGCGAAGCUGCUGCGGGUCUGCGAUGACGAGAUGCUCGAGAAGAGAGAGAAGAUCCUUCUCGAGAAGGAAGGCAGCGGGUGCAAGGUUCUCCUCGCCAACGACAAGUCCGACGACCUCAGCCGGAUGUACCGCCUCUUCAACCGCCUCCCCAAGGGACUGGAGCCCAUGGCGGAGAUCAUCAAGGACCACAUCACAGAGAUGGGGAACGAGAUUAUCAAGCGACGGGAGGCCAAGAUCGAGGGCGGGGAGAAGGACACCAACCAGGAUCCCAACUUCGUGAAGGAGCUACUGGCCCUGCACGACAAGUACAUGGCCGUCGUCAACGACCAGUUCGCGGGAAACUCGCUGCUGCAGAAGGCGCUCAAGGAGGCGUUCGUGGACUUCGUGAACCGCGACGUGGGCAAGUUCAAGAACGCCGACCUGAUGUGCAGCUUCUGCGACCGCAUCCUGAAGACGGGGGGGGAGAAGCUCGGCGAUGCGGAGGUGGAGGAGUAUCUGGCGAAGGUGGUUCAACUGUUCUCUUACCUGACGGACAAGGAUCUCUUCGCCGAGAUCUACCGCAACCAGCUUGCCAGGCGUCUGCUCAACUCGCGCUCUGCGUCGGACGACAUGGAGAGGCUCAUGAUUGGCAAGCUCAAGCUCAAGUGCGGGUCGCAGUUCACGUCAAAGAUGGAGGGGAUGAUGAACGACUUGGCCAUCGGCGGCGACCACGAGGCCGCCUUCUCGGCUUACCUGAAGGACGGACAGGAGACCAGGAAGAUCGAUGUCGCCAAGAUAGACUUCAACGUUCAGGUGUUGACGACGGGCUACUGGCCAGCGUACAAGCCCAUGGAAGUGACUCUCCCUUCCACGAUGAAGAAGUGCACCGAGGUCUUCAAAAAGUACUACGCCGAGACUACAUCCAAACGCCGCCUGGGGUGGUCGCACACACUUGGAAACGUGACUAUCCGGGCCAAGUACCAGAAGUCCUACGACUUGCAAGUCACCACUCUCCAGGCUGCGAUCGUUCGCAUCAUGAAGGCGCGCAAGACGAUCGGACACCCUCAGCUGGUAGCGGAGGUUCUGAGCCAGCUCUCGUUCUUCAGGCCCAACCCCAAGGUCAUCAAGGCCCGCAUCCACGGUCUGAUCGAACGCGAGUACUUGGAGCGCGACGCAUCCCAGGCCAACCACUACAAUUACCUCGCGUGAUGACGUGUGGCGGCGGUAGCGAUUUUGGGGGGUUGGUCAAACACACUUGGCGUGCAUUCCUCGUCGUGUGAUAUCACUACAACGGUCUCGCGUGAUGGCGUGUGUGUGGGGAUGGUCGAACGAACUUGGCUGGCGUUCCACAUGAUGCGGGGUAUUCUACGGUGACCAGGGCCCGGUGGUCGAACAAACAUGGCUUGCGUGCGUUCCACGUGGAGGGGGGUAUUCUACGGUUGCCAGGGCUCGUGUUUGUGUGUGGGAGGGGGAGGUACUUUUCACACCCCCCCCCGCAUCUGCGCAGCGGGUUCGGUCUGCAGCAUCCGCAUGGCGGGCGUGUGUUCUGUCAUGUGUUUUCUCUGCCGUCGUGCCUCUUCUCCGCGUUGGGGAAGCGCCUCUGCUGGGGUGUGGAGGACGGUCGAGGUUCUUCGUUCGUGUUUGUGGCAGGAUGUGUGGUUCCGAACAGGACGCACGAACGGGUCGACCAGAAUUAGACAACCCUGAAAGUAGGCCCAGUGGGUAGAGUGGUGGCUUGCGUGUGUGGUAUAACUCAUGUUGUGUUUUUUUCUCUCUCGUUGUUUUAGAGUGCGCGAUACACACACACACACACAGAUUCACGACACGCGAGUGCGCGUGCCAGCCCGGCUUGUUUUUUUCCUUGUCCACGCGUACGCUUGACGGGGGCCUCUGCCUAACACCCGUUGCUUUCGUUCGCAACGGCCGCAGUAUUUCAACGUUGUUUUUCACAAGUGUUUAGGCUUGAGACCGAAAAGCUGGGGAUGGUGUUUUGCGUGGAGGUUCCAGCGGAAAGCCGGAUUUGGGCAUGUAUGUGCUGUUCGGCACGAUAUUACCAAGGCAUAUCAUAGGGCGAGUGGCCAAGGCCGUUAUUGCAGGAACCUCCCCCCCCCCCUCCCGCUCAACAGACCAUGGUGACUCGCAAAGUUAUCACUGAUGCUUGACUGCCGGUCUAUCUAUUCCAUUUUUAGCGUCGGCUUUAGCUUCCGCCUCAUCUUAUUUUGUCUCCAGGAUACAAAUAGCGGUCGUCCGCGGUGCUUGCAUCAUCGUGCGGUAACCGGCUCGUCCGUUUCCCUCCGACCGCGCCUUUGGCUGCGAGCGCGGAAGGUGUAGGGUACCAACGGCGGCCCACCCUGGGAUGCGUUUUUGGUUAGUCUUGGCCCCGGCUCCGUUUGUUUGGGGAGGGGGAUAUUUUUCGAGGCGACAAUUUGGUAUGUAGCUUGCAGUGUGGCGUUGCUUAGAGUGUGUGAAGCGCAUGCAUGUGUGACGACGAAGAAAGAGAAGAAAAAUAAAGAGAAAUAACAACCUAGGAAG